CCCGCCUCCUGGGUACGGCGGCCGGGAAGGGCGGCGGGUGGUCACCUUCCCUGCGGGCCGCAGCUAUGGCGGCCGGGACUCCCCCGCCCCUGGGCCCCACCCCGCUGCCGGUGUUCGCCGAGGAGGGCUUCAAGGAGAAGUUCCUGCGCAAGACCCGCGAGAAUCCCUUGGUACCCCUCGGCUGCCUCUGCACUGUCGGCGUCCUGGCUUACGGACUGAUCAGCUUCAAGAGGGGCAACACCCGCCGGUCACAGCUGAUGAUGCGGGCACGUAUCCUGGCUCAGGGCUUCACCUUCGCGGCUCUCCUGGGAGGCAUGGUGGUCACAGCCAUGAAAUCCAGGAAGUGAAACGAGGCGAGAGAGGAGCUGCGGGCAAGGUGGAUUCUGGCUGCAGAUGGGAGUUGAGUGGUGAUGUCGUAGUGGAGUUGGUGUCAGAGAGGCUCUGUGUUCCAGAGUGCUGAAAAUGUGGCUAAUACAUCUCUGUGAUUAACCUGAAA